GGUGUCCGGCGAACUCCCUUGACGCUGCGGGAAAGGGAGGGGUCAGACGCGCACCCGCGUUUCGCCCUGUGUGCUGAGGGGGUCUGGCGUUCUGGGAACGCCGGACCCGCAGAUACAAUGGCCGUGGGGUCCGACAUUCAGGGAACGCCAGACCUUCUACGCGAGGCGGUCUGCUUGGGGUCCAACAAACCCCCUGUCGCAAGAAAGGCUUCUUCAUGUCGCUUAGUUUUGUUCUCUUGUUAUCUUUUUCCUUUUUGGCUCCCUUCAAGAAAAUCAGCUUCGGCCUCCAGUGCUGCCAGUCGUGCGUACGGGAGGUCUAAGCUCUACAACGACAAACCCUGGGCUCUUGAUUGGGUCGGUGGCCUUCAUACAUCGGGUUGUGGAGCCGUUGUCUUCUUGAGCGACGACAACGGCAAGAGUUGGUACUCCUGCGGAGGGGUGGAGAAAUUGGAAGCGGGGAGGAUUAACUACGAUGGCAGGAAGUUUAGGACCUUCUGCCUGACGUCUGUCUAUGACAAAGAGGGGAAAAACUGGGUCAAGGAAAACAAGAAGGUGUCUCUUGACCUUCGGCUCUUCCAGGGAUACGGGGUAAAGGCUUUCUCGAUGAAAGCGUUUGACGUGCGCGGGAACGGAACGGAGUUCCAAAUGCUGGAUCCUGAAAAGUUCCUCCUUAAAACCAAUGGCUACCGCGUGACUGGGUCCCUGCCCGUCGUCGACAGCGCUUUCAUGCUCAGGAGGCCUUUGGUCCAGUUCAACAGCUCGGCGGACCAGCUGGCGACUGCCGUUAUGCAAUACAGGGAACAGUUCACGAGGCUGCCUGCUGCCCAACAAGUUGACUGUGUUUUCGUGCCGAUUGACGCGGGCCCCAAACGGCGCCAGGAUCAGUCGGCCAGAGUGGGUGCAAAGAGGAAGCAAUUGGCGACUCCGUCGUCUUCGUCGGCUGCCGUUGUCCGGGCUCUUCCCGCUCCGGUUCCGCCCUCGGAUCGGCAAGGUGCCUUCGAGGACGACGAAUGCGAGGGCCAAGAGGGGGAGGGCGGUGGUGAGGAGGGGGACGACGGUGACGACGGAGAUGCUGACGGUGAGGACAAUGGCAUGGACAAUGAGAGAGACAUUGGUGUCAAACGCAUUCCCUGUGGGCCUAUCCUCUACAACCACCGCUCAUUGUCUGAGAACAUUGUGAGAGGCAUCGAGAAUGCCAUAGAAAGCUCCAUCACUGCUGAACCGGGGGCGUGGGAUAGACCUAAGCUUGUUCUUGCGCCAGUUGACCCCAACGUCGUCGUCGACGGGCAGGGAAGGCGAAUCAUGCCGGACGAGUUCUUCCAAAGAGACUCUGCAGAGUUUGAUUGGUACGCAGUCCGUGGUCAGCAUACCAUUGAGGCCAUGAAACGAAUGGUGGAAAAGGACUCCGCCGCGGUCAAAGUCUAUGGCCUCCGCGCGUACUCAAAAGUGCGAGUCGUCUUUUUCGAUGAUCACCAAACACGAGGUUACUUCAAUGUCUCCGCCUUUGACAACACACGGGAGAAUCGCGCCAUGAUGUUAUCAUUCCAAGACGUUGUGCGUGAUAUGAGGCAAUGGUGGAUCGACAACGACAAAAUCGAGGCCCCCAAAGCUAAGGUCAGCGAGAAGGAUGCGGACGCCGUGACGCACCAUAAAAAGUGGCAAAACUUCCUCAGGGCCUGCAUGGGGAAGGCGUGCGACAAGGCGUUCAUGAAACAGGCGCUGGACAAUGUAUACAGUAAAGAUUGGAGUAAUAAACUCCGAGGGUACAUGAACCUCGCCACGUCCACCGUCACAGUUUGGCCACUGGUGGAGAGGUUCUUCUCGAUGUUCGAGGAGGGCAAAGAGCUCAUCAUAGCCAUCUUUGUCGAAACGGGGGAUACAUCACAAGAUGGACAUGUGUCAUUUGACAAGUCGUCAGAUGCGGGCGCCACAUACGGGAGUCUCCUCGUGACAUGUGCAGCAAUGGCAGGCAGAUCAGAGAUGGAGUCGGAGUCCGCUGUUGGGAUGGACGUCACGGGAAUGUCGUUGCAUCCGCCCUCAUGCACUAGCAAAGGUGAUGCACACUGUACAACAACACCACAGGGAGGGGCUGCAGGGGAUGACGGGGAUGGGGGGAAUGCAGAGGGGUCUCAACAUUCUCGCAAUCUUGAGGACAUGACCACGGACGAUGAGGAUGGGGCAGAAGGUGGAAAGGGCUCGAUCCAGAAUGUCCAAGAUUUCAAGAACCAAUGCCAAAAGGAAGAAGGCGUAGAGGAGGAGGAGGCAGAGGUGGCAAAGGCAGAGGACGCGGGGGGACAGGGGCGGCUCGAGGAGAUGGCAAUGCAGGAGGGAACAACAAUGAUGGGGGGAGAGGACAAGCAAGAAACGAGGGCAAUGGAGGAUCGAGACCGCCAGGUCUACAGCAACAGAGAGGAGGAGCUCAAGGUAGAGAAUCGGGCGGAGGAAUGUAUGGCCUUUGCUCUCAUCAAGAGGCCAAUAGAGAACGCAGAACAGGGAAACAGACGGGAGUCGCUUACGCUUGGACAAGGGAACGGAACGGCGGGACCAAGCGAGCUCCACAGGGACCAGGUCAUGCGGGAUCUCGACAGUAGAUCCACUCAUCUAGUUCCGAUAAAGAUGAGAAGAAAUGGAGAAGAAGGAGGAGCAGAACCUACAAGGGAGCAAGAGGAUGGAGAAGGGGAAGUGAAAUUUUUCUUCAUCGGUUCCCCCCAAGGACAAGGAGAACGAGGGAGAAAUCAAGGAGGGAGGCAGAGGGGUGGGAUUCGUGGAAAGAGCAAGAGUUGGCAGAACGAAGAUCAUUCUUCCACGACCCUUAUGUUGAUCUAUGCCCCUGCAACGUUGGCAGGACGAAUAUCAUUCUUCCACGACCUACCAAACAUCAUUCCAAAUGUAGAGAACUUGAUACUGGCAGGGGACUUCAACACGGUGUUGGAACCGGGGCUGGACUCUCUGUUCCCCAGACCUAAGAAGGGCGACGGAAUCCUCUUGGAACAGAUCAUGCUAGCGUACAGUCUGCAGGAUGCUUUCCGCCAGUUACAUCCAGAGGCACAGGGUCUAACGUGGUUCUCCUCAUAGAGGAUGGAAGACCAGAUCCCACCAAGACGGAGGCUGGACCUCAUCUUAACGAAAGGAGAGGCAUGGAAAGUCAUCAGUGAGGUCCACACUGCAAUGGAGCCACUCUCAGAUCACAAUCCGGUAUGGCCAGUCUUCAGGCUGAGUGGCGACCUCCAAAGGGAACAAAGCUUCUUCAGAUUC